UAUUGAUAUAUAACAAGCUUCUGCGGCAAGAAAGCGUCGCUGAUGAAAGUAGGUAGGCUACAUUAAGUACUCCAAUUUAAUUGCAAGAUGUACUUUUACUAGACGAGUUGCUGCUUUUACAGCAGACGGCCUAAUUUGUUUUGCAAAAGCGGGAAUCCCCUAACUGACAGGAACUUCUUCGAUGACGUCAAAGUUACUACUGGUGAUAUGCCAAUGAAUGAAUAAUGUAGAACACACCAAUCAGAGUGAAGUCCCCUUAGUCACAUGACACUUCCUGCUUUGCAAGAGGAGGAAGAAUAGUUUUGUUCUAAGCUUCUCUUUUCUGACCUUCCCAAGUUUGACUGAGGAUGGAACCUUGAAGAAAUGGACAUGACCAUUACUUGCUAGAACUGUUCACAUCGUACCGAUAUCUUCUCGCAGUGUGAAAGUGUUGUGCACUCAGAUUGACAUCAGUGAGUUGUUCUGGUUCAAAUCCCAGUCUCACUCAACGUGACUCUUGUUCCCGAAGUCCCGAAGUCGGCUGCAGAAUCAUUUUUGACGGUUUGUGGUAGUGUCUUGUUGGAAGCAGUACCCUGGUCCUACCCAAGUCACUCGUUUGUUGACAGUAUUUUUCUGGAUUUGUUUCCUGAUUAACGAGAUUGCUGAAUAUCCACUGUGAUCUCUAAAUCAUGUUUUAGAUCUCUUAACGACCUGUAUGAUUCCCAUUAUUUGGACUUUGAUCUCUGACCAAAGUGUGAGGAGGUGAUUUGGGCAUAAAGCAUGGAUGCUUCGGGGUCUGGCCAUGGGGUGUCACCCUAUGGCCUCUCUGUGGAAGAGCUUGGACACCUCAUGGAACACCGUGGUCAAGAGGGUCUGGAACUGCUCAACUCUCGGUAUGGAGGUGUGUUUGAAAUGUGCAGGAAACUGAAGACUGAUCCAGUACAAGGUCUAGAUGAAUCUGAUCUGGAACUAAGAAAGAAAAUUUAUGGUUCUAAUGUAAUUCCCCCAAAACCUCCAAAGACAUUUCUGCAGUUAGUUUGGGAGGCAUUACAAGAUGUUACUCUCAUUAUUCUUAUUGUUGCUGCCAUCAUCUCAUUAGGAUUAUCAUUUUACAAAGCUCCAAAGGAGGAUCAAACGGGCAUCAGAGAAGAAGACACUUAUGAAUCAUCUGGUUCAGACUUUGAAGAGGCUGCUGGCUGGAUUGAUGGUCUGGCUAUUUUGGUUGCUGUCGUUGUUGUUGUGCUUGUGACUGCUUUCAAUGACUGGAGCAAAGAGAAACAGUUCCGUGGUCUACAGAGUCGCAUUGAGCAUGAGCACAAAUUUGCCACCAUUCGCAAAGGUGUGGUUGAACAGAUUCCCGUGGGAGCAUUGGUGGUUGGAGAUAUAUGUCAAGUUAAAUAUGGUGAUCUGUUACCUGCUGAUGGUAUAAUUAUUCAGAGCAAUGACCUGAAAGUGGACGAGAGUUCAUUGACUGGCGAGUCUGACCAUGUGAAGAAGGGAGAAAAUAAAGACCCUAUGUUGCUUUCAGGUACACAUGUGAUGGAGGGCAGUGGUAAGAUGCUGGUGACAGCAGUAGGGCCCAACUCACAGACAGGUAUCAUCUUUGCCCUGCUGAAUGAGAGUGAAGAAGGCAAGGAUAAGAAGAAGAAAAAUGAGAAAAAGAAAGAUGCUGACAAAGAAGCUGACAUUCGUUUAGUAGCCGUUAAAGGAGUGGACAGGAAGGACCUGGAGCAGAAGAAACCAUUAAUUUGUUGCAAGGGAGUCAGUAGUAAAGUGAUCCCCUCUAACGAGAGUGAAGCGAAAACCGAUAUUGAAAAUAUUCAACUUAAAGUUCAUGAUGGCAAUUCACAUGGUGCCAGCAAUGCCCAUUCAGCUGACAACAACCAGGUUGGUACUAAAGGGGAAUCAGACUCUGGGACUCCAGCUGACCCAGAACAAAAAGCUAAAAGUGGAUCUAGAAAAGAAAAAUCUGUUUUACAAACGAAAUUGACACGUCUGGCUAUACAAAUUGGAUAUGCUGGUACGGCCAUAGCUGUGCUCACGGUUGUCAUACUCAUUGUGCAGUUUUGCAUUAGAGAGUUUGUCGUGCGUGGCAAGACAUGGACGUCCGAUGAUACAACCCGCAACAUUGAGAUGUUUGUCAAGUACUUUAUCAUAGGUGUCACAGUUCUUGUGGUUGCAGUUCCUGAAGGCUUACCCUUGGCUGUAACUCUGGCUUUAGCUUAUUCAGUGAAGAAAAUGAUGCAUGAUAAUAACCUUGUCAGACAUUUAGAUGCUUGUGAGACUAUGGGCAAUGCAACAGCUAUUUGCUCAGAUAAGACUGGUACACUCACUACAAACAGAAUGACAGUUGUUCAGAGCUACAUAGGACAACAUCAUUACAAACAGACACCAGAGUUUGACAAACUCAAUAGCAAAGUAGGACAACUCAUUCUGGAAUCCAUAGCCAUUAACAGUGGCUACACUUCCAAAAUAGAGCCCCCUGAACAAGAAGGAGAGCUUCCUAAACAACUUGGUAACAAAACAGAGUGUGCUCUUUUGGGAUUCGUACAAAAUAUGCAUCAAAGUUAUGAGGCUAUUCGAGAACAGUAUCCAGAGGAAACUCUUGUGAAAGUCUACACUUUCAACUCGGAUCGCAAAUCUAUGUGUACUGUCAUCAAAGUGAACAAUAAACCAGACACCUACAGAUUUUUUUGUAAAGGUGCUUCUGAAGUGGUGGUGAAAAAGUGUGAAUACAUUCUAGAUUCUAAUGGGAACCCAGUACACUUUUCAGUCAGAGAGCAGGAGAGAGUAGUUAACAAUGUUAUUGAGCCAAUGGCUAGUGAUGGAUUGAGAACUAUUUGUCUUGCUUAUAAAGAUUUUGUGUUAGGUGAUAUUGCACCAUAUGAAGGACAGUUACGAGGAAUAGACUGGGAUGAUGAACCUUCCAUUUAUCACACCCUGACCUGUGUGUGUAUAGUUGGCAUUGAAGAUCCUGUCAGGCCAGAGGUGCCCGAAGCUAUUAGAAAAUGUCAACGGGCUGGCAUUACUGUACGCAUGGUUACAGGUGACAAUGUGAACACAGCACGCAGUAUUGCAUCCAAAUGUGGAAUCCUGAGACCUGGAGAAGAUGGAUUAGUUCUUGAAGGAAAGGAAUUUAACAGGCGCAUUCGGGACAGUACAGGGGAGGUAAAUCAAGAAUUAAUGGACAAGAUUUGGCCUUACCUUCGAGUGUUGGCACGAUCAUCUCCUCAAGAUAAAUACAUCCUAGUAAAAGGUAUCAUAGACAGUAAAGUUGGGACAACACGACAGGUAGUUGCAGUCACUGGAGACGGAACGAACGAUGGGCCUGCAUUGAAAAAAGCAGAUGUUGGUUUUGCCAUGGGUAUAUCAGGCACUGAUGUAGCCAAAGAAGCUUCAGACAUUAUACUUACAGAUGAUAACUUCACCAGUAUUGUCAAGGCCGUAAUGUGGGGACGUAAUGUCUAUGACAGCAUUGCCAAAUUUUUACAGUUUCAACUGACUGUCAAUGUGGUGGCUGUCUUGGUCGCAUUCUUUGGUGCAUGUAUCAUUAAUGACAGUCCACUCAAGGCUAUUCAAAUGUUGUGGGUGAACCUUAUCAUGGACACGCUAGCUUCUUUGGCCCUUGCUACUGAACUUCCCACAGAUGAACUGUUGUUACGUAAGCCCUACGGUCGAACAAAGCCUCUAAUUUCUCGAACAAUGGCUAAAAAUAUCUUGUUUCAUGCAGUUUAUCAGCUGACUGUGAUUGCAGUGUUAUUAUUUAAAGGUCCUGAUCUCCUGGGAGUUGAUGACGGUAUAAAUGAUGUGGACAAUGUGCAUGCUCCUCCAUCAUCCCACUUUACUAUGAUCUUCAACACAUUUGUCAUGAUGACUUUGUUCAAUGAGAUCAAUGCACGCAAGAUUCACAACCAACAGAACAUCGCCGAUGGCAUAUUUAGUAACCCCAUCUUCAUUGGUAUUUGGAUUGGUACAUUAUUUGCUCAGGCUAUAAUUAUUGAAUUUGGUGGUGUUGCCUUCCACACAACUAGUCUGAAUGCUUCCCAGUGGCUGUGGUGUAUAUUCUUUGGAUUUGGGACAUUAUUGUGGGGACGUUUGGUGACCAUGAUUCCAGAAAAGUUGAUACCAUCUCCAAGUUGGUGCAAGGGAUCUAAAGAAGACCAAAUUGAAGACGAACAAGACAUGGAUAACCCUGAAGAUGAUCCUGUCAGUGGACGUGGUCAGAUCCUGUGGGUCAGAGGACUCACGCGUUUGCAGCAACAGAUACGUGUAAUAAAUGCUUUCCGCAUGACUUUAGACACACGCUACGACAACCGUAGCAUGUCAUCUUUGCAAAGCUACCAUUCUGUACAAAACAUAAGAGGGGGCAAAAGGCCCCUGUACCAGUCCUCAACAGAAAUGGCUGAGCCCCCACCCACAUCCUCCGGGCUUAUUUCAUCAUCCACAGCUCCGGGCAGGUUCAUCGAAACAACCGCUAUGUGAUUUCUUCCAGCGCUAACGAUGUUGUAGAUGAGCAGAUUAAUUCUGUUCCUAUCAGUAUGCAGCUUUGCUAAGAAACAAACAUUUUUAAAAAAUAUAACAAAAUUCCAAGAUGAACAAUUGAACUUCUGCCCAGCAAAUAAAUUUGUAUUAUCAUUAGUAAUAAAUAGAUGAAUUUCAUAUCCAUUGUGACUAUUUGUACCUUUUUUUUUUUUUCUAAACACUCUUUGGAUGAACUGGAAUAAGAAGGACAUCAAGCAAACCUUAUCUGUACUUUAGAACCAGUAGUGUUUAAGUUAAGAGAUAAUUGUCUUGGGACUGUGGAAAGCAUUCUUUUGUCCCCUCUUUACUAAUACCUUUGGACUCUAAGCCCUUCCCUUCCAUCUGAAGACCUUCACCUAUAUCCACCCACAUUUCAUUAGUUCCCUCGCUCUCCUUCAUACUAUCUCUCUCAAGGUUCAUUGUAAUGUUUAACCAUUUGUUGUUGAUGGGCCAUCUAACAAAUGACAGCACAAUUUAGUUCCUAGUCAAUUCUUUUCCCUCCAUUUCCCUCUUUCUUUUGCCUCCCACUAAUCCCCCAAAGUCAUGUGACAGCCUCAAAAUUUUUUCAUCUUUUUUUUCCUCAAAAGUUUGCACAUCUGUUUACAAUUAUUGGAUCUCCUUUUUUUAAAAAAAAAAAUGUUGUUUAUUAAGUUAUUUUGAACAAGAUUGUGUUACAACUCACUAUCAAAAUCACUUUUCAAAUGUUGUUCUAGCAAAAGAGAAGUAGGAAACUUGUGAACAAUUUUCUCCAAUCUAGUGUGUACAUUAUUUUAAACUUGAAUAUGUGUCUUAGAUAAUUUAGUUAUUUCAUUAUGUUUGAACUCUUUUUUUUUAAUUUUUGUUUUUAAAUAUAUUUUAUGUCUGAAUAAUUACAAAUGCUACCUUUACAAUCAUAUACAUUAUAAAUGUGACCUAAUGGCCACCAACAUUCCUUGGUCUAAACCAAUGUAUUUAUUUUCUUGGUGUCAAACAUGUCCAGUACUAGUGAGUCAAAAGAGACAAGACUUACUAAUGAUGGGCGGUGGGGAUCUCAUUUUAAUCAGUUUUGGUUGCUGUUGCCAGGUUUAGGCCAGUGAAGUUGUUCAGCUCAACUCAGUAGUGAAUACAAAUAGUGUUUUAAGCCAUGUUUUCAAAAAACUGUUUUUUUGGUUGAGAAGCUGGCUUAGCAAGUCUUGUCUCUAGACUGUGCUUUUUUUUUUUCUUUUAUCUCAACAUUUGAUUUGGUGUAGAGGAGAAUUACUACACUAUUGCAAUAGUUUCUUGUUUGUUUUUAGCCAUGCCCUUUUAUUUUGUUUGUACAAGUCAAUGACAGUGUGUUUUUAACAGCUUGCCGAACAUUAAAUGACAUAAAAAUGUGCUCCCAACACUGGUUUAUUUACACUAUAUCUAAGUAUACUGGCUUUGCUGGAAACCAGUCCAACAUUCUGUUAGCUUAAGUAAAUAUUUGAGGUUAAACAUCCAGAAUUAAUCAGGAGGUUUGACCCCCCCCCCUUUCUCUUUCCCCUCAAAAGAUUUCCCAUUUUCUGUCUCAGAAAAAGCCUGGAUGUCUUCUCUCAUCAUUUAGACUUUUAGAUACAUUCAAUAACUCUAGUGGAUCACAUUUUUUAGUGGUUUUAAUUCUGUCCUAAACACUUAGCAGUGGAACAACUGAGAAUUCUCUUCAACUAGGAUAUUAUGUUUUUUUUGUUUCAUUCUUUGAAGUCGUUUUGAACCACAGCACAUUGAUUUCUAGAUUAUUGCUUAGACUAUUGUUAACUAGUAUGAAUGAAUAUAACUAUUUUUCUUUGUAAGAAAGACUCAAUGCUGUAGCAUUUCAACAAGCACACAAACUUGGCCCACAGACCUAACUUAAGUAAUCUCUUGCUUGUUUGUAUUUAAAAAUAAGUGUUUAGUCAAAUAAUAGAUUGGACACAAAGUGUGAAGAGGCUAGAAUUCUAUUUUGAGUAUAUGCUUGAUUAACUAACUUAAUUUUGUUGAAGUCAAUCUUAAUGCUUUCUUUCUGUGAAAGAAAAAAAAAACUCAAGAGGACAGUUUUGAUAUGACCACUAUUUUACUAUGUAAUUUCUUAUUGCCUUUGUAUAGUGAUAAUUUGAGUCGCCCAAUGAGGUCCUAAAAACAACAACCAAUGCUUAAAGCAGUGCUUAUUCCGCUGAUCAUUAAGCUUUGCUGUGCUCUCAUCAUCACCAUCAUCAGCUGGUGUCAAACAAGUUUAUGUUAUUUUAUUCACUACCCCUGACUUUGCAGGAACGAAGAAGCUUUGAUUUUUACUCUUUGAUUGAGCACAUCGGCAGCCCAAGGUAUGCACGAAGUUUGACUCUUCCCACUAUUCAGCAGCGUAUGAACUCAGAGCAUCUUAGAUCAUGACAUGCAUAAAAGGUGUCUGCCGGAGAUGUUAAUUAGAUAAAUUCAUUUGGUGCUCAAGGACAAGACAUCACAAAAAUCCAUUUGUAGGAACCUGGCACUACUUUAAAAAAAUAUUGGUGCAAUAGCUUUUCUCUGGGGUUGACACUUAGUGAACUCUGUUUACUUUUUUAGUUCUUUUUAACCAAAGUUUUGUAUGACAACUCUCUACUUACAAUUAUUUUUUUUUUUAAUGUUGUUUAGUACUUUACUUUAUACAAUGAAAUUUCAAGACUAGUUUGAUUUAAUUUCUAACAAUCUACAAAAUUCAGUUGUUUUUUUUUUGUUUUUGUUUUUUUAAAUCUUUUAAGAAAUACCCACCCCAAAAGAAAAACAAUUUAGAACUUCAUUUGCAAUGCAUGCUGUUUUUCUUUUAAGUUUUCUUUUUUAUCAGAACAUUCAUUUUGGAGUUAGACCACUUACAUUUUAUGUGCCCUUAUAUCUAUGUUACACAUCGUUUACAGAAGUUUGUGAAACUUGUGCUAAAGACUAUUUGAAGAAACUGCUUACAAAUGUUUUUCUUAUUGUUAGAGUUGAAGCGAGUUUGACUGUUCAGGAAGGUGCCCUGCCAAUAAUGUGUUAAACAACUGUUGCUCUGUUUCUGCAUGUAGUCCAAUUUUCAAUUAGGUUGACAUCACAAACUCUUUUUUUUUUUUUUUGUUUUUUUUUUUUUUGUUAACUUACCAUUUUUAACUGAUCAAACUUUGUUCUAGCUAAGCAGGACAUUUUAUUAUGUGGGAAACUUUGGAACUUGUUCAAAUGUGUAUAUUUUGAAUGCUAUACAGUUUAGUUUGAUAAGAAUUAUUUUGUUGUCAUUAAACAUGCUCCUUUGAUUGCUGUGUGAAAUGGCAUGCUAUUCUACAGACUAAAACAUUGAAGACAAAUUUGAUUUAAGCCUCUCAGGAGUGUUUCAAAUAAUUGAAAUCUGUUGUAAGGGUCAAUGCUGAUAACUGACUGUACUUUUGGAUGUCCAUUUCACUGGAUGAGAUUGGUGUGUGUGUAUGUCUCAGCCAUUUCAUUGUUUUUAGAAUACAUCUGUUUAUAGUAAUUCUAUUGGUCAUGUUUCAAUCCUGAAACCAGAGUCAGACAUUUGGGAUCUGUAUAAAGGAACAAAAACUUCUGGUUUAGGGAUUGUCAACAUUUUGUCCUCUGAUACAAUUUUUUUAAAAUAAUUACCCAACUAUUUGUAUGUAUUUUAAUAGUGGUUUUAAUCAAUUAAUCAAUUCAUUAUGAUUUACUCCUUCAUAUGUUUUUUUUUUUAAAUAAAUAAAUUAAAACAAGUCUGGAACUUG